UCGCCUGUAGGUGAGGGUUAUAGGUGUCUUUGGGGAGUCCAAGGCGAGACGGGGCUGCGAUUGGCGUGAGCCUCAGGGGCUGGGGGUUGAGGCGGGAGGGCCUUCCCCGCCUUGGGGGAGUCGCCGAGGGUCGGACGGGCUCCCUCCUGCUGCUCGAGAAAUGUCUUCGCUUUCAGAAUAUGCUUUGCGCAUGAGUCGCCUGAGUGCCCGGCUGUUUGGGGAAGUCAGCAGGCCUACUGAUUCCAAGUCCAUCAGAGUGGUGAAGCUGUUCAGUGAGCAGCCUUUGGCCAAGCGGAAGGAGACGUACGACUGGUAUCCAAAUCACAACACUUACUUUGCACUCAUGGGGACACUGCGGCUUUUAGGGCUCUACAGAGAUGAGCAUCAGGACUUUAGGGAUGAGCAGAGGCGCCUGAAGAAGCUUCGUGGAAAGGGAAAGCCGAGGAAAGGGGAGGGGAAAAGAGCAACAAAAAGAAAAUAAAUGUGGGGCUGUCAGGAGAAAAGGCAUCUUCCUCAAGGAUGGAGAGCAGAAGGAAACCUACUCAGCUUUCUCUUUUCUGGAAGAUUCUAAGCUGCCUGCAAGGAAGGUCGAGUGGAGAAACUUACCAUCUCUGGUGACGUCUAAGCUGCCUGAAUUAGGACCUGUUUCUUGGACACAUUCUAGUUUUGCAAAAUCAUUUUGGUCGGGUUUUGGAACUUGCUCCCUGUGCCAUUCUCCGGAGAGACAAGUGCCUAAGUCAUCAUUUAAUGACUUGUUUUGGAAGGGGAGGCGAUGUUGGGGGAAUGGCAGAGCAAACUCAUUAAAUGAGCAACCUAUA